AUGAUUGUCACAUUGAAGAGAGAAGAAUUUCGCUGUAAAAACUGUGCAGAAAUCAACAACGAAUAUACUGAUACGUUUAAUACUCAGCUCUUGCAAAAAGAAGUUGAUUGUCUCUCGAGAGAAAAGCAAUUGUUAGAAAAAUAUGUGAAUGAACUUGAGUUUUCCAAUAAUAUGUUGAAAAAACAAAUGCACUCUGAUCCUAUUGUUUCGUCAUCGGCUACUCGUUUCUUGCCUCAUUCCUUGUCAUCAGUUCCUUAUUCUGAAGCGGUAAAAAAGAAGGUAAUCACACCAGCUGUAUUAGUAAUCAAAUCAAUAUACCAGAACAUGGGGAAUGCGGAGUUAGAACAAGAAGUGAAAUCUAAAUUCAGGUCAGGUGCUAUGAAAUUUAAUGUUACUGGCACAAAACUGAUCAAAGAUGGUAUACUAAUUAAUUGUGCUGACAAAAUCUCUGCAGAAUUGGAAAGAUGGCCUUAA